UAUUAUAACCCGAUCAAUCUGGUCGUCAGCAAUGGCGGUCAAGUCUCUAGUUCUUCUCGGUGUCGUAAUAGCCUCGCUCCUGCUUCUCUCUCAGAAUGUAGCACAUGCUAGAGAGCUCCUUGAUGCUAAAGAGUCCAAGGAGAAGAAUGUAAAACCUGCAGGAGGGCCGGGCCUGAAGGACGAGAAAUGGGGAGGUGGAAGCAAGCAUUAUGGAGGGUAUGGGAAUGGUGGGGGGUAUGGUAACGGUGGAGGGUAUGAAAACAAUGGGGGAGGCUAUGGAAAUGGGGGGUACACAAACAAUGGUGGUGGGUAUGGUGGAGGAUACAGAAAUUCUAGGCAUGGUGGCGGUUAUGGCGGUGGAGGUUAUGGACCCAGAUAUGGAGGCGGUUAUGGUCAUCCAGGCAACGGUGGGGGAUUUGGCGGCGGCUUUGGUGGAGGAUAUGGUGGUGGCGGUGGAUACGGUGGAAGUGGAUGAUACGGUGGUGGUGGCGGGUAUGGUGGAGGAGGAGGUUAUGGUGGAGGAUCCGGUGGUGCCGGCUAUCCUUGAGACGGCUAUGAUGAAGGAGGUCAUAAUGAAUGAGUAGAUAUGUAUAUAUGUUUUAACUAAACAUCUAUGUUGAUCUGUGAUGUGCUUGAAUAAAAGAUGUGUCCUUAUGCUCACAUAUAGGUGUAAUGUUGAGAAAUCGAGCAAGUAAGCUAGGCUUGUGUUGUCUCCUAUGUAUGAAAGAGAAUAUACCUUUCAAAUUGAUA